AUGGGCACUGAUACUUUGAGUCCUGUUAGAGAUAAUCAUGCAAAACGUAAAUUAGUGGAUCACUGCUGUCCAGAAUUCGCCUUUAAACCUGUGGCAUUCACUCGAAAAAUCGAUGUUGGGUCUCCACCUAAGGCUGGGGCUUUCAUGCACAGAUUGCUAAAAUGUGAUACUCAGUUUAAAAUCUUUUAUAAUCGAGGUGACUUUCCUAUCGCUUUGGAGCACGAUAGCAAAGGCAACAAAAUUGCAUGGAAAGUGGAAAUCGAAAAACUGGAUUACCAUCAUUAUUUGCCACUAUUUUUUGAAGGUCUAGCAGAAACUGAACAUCCAUACGAGUUCUUUGCAAGGCAAGGUGUCCAUGACUUACUUGAACACGGAGGAAACAAAAUCCUUCCUGUCAUACCACAACUUAUCAUCCCAAUAAAGUCUGCUCUCAACUUACGUCAGCACAAAGUUUGCUGUACUGUCCUCAAAGCCAUUCAACAUCUAGUCGUUUCUGGUGAGAUGAUCGGCGAAGCCCUUGUACCAUACUACAGACAACUGUUACCAGUCAUGAAUACAUUUAUAAACAAAAACAAGAAUUUGGGCGAUGGAAUUGAUUAUAGCCAACAAAAGCGUGAGAAUCUGGGUGAUUUAGUUCACGAAACUUUGGAAAUACUUGAAAUGCAUGGGGGAGAGAAUGCUUUCAUAAAUAUAAAAUAUAUGGUCCCGACUUACGAAUCGUGCAUGCUUCAGUAAUUUAAAGUAUUAGAAACAUAUUUUGCCAUUUCCAAUCAUUAUUAUUCUUUGUAUUAACUGGAGGAACAAAGUUUAUCAAUAAAGAUCGGUUCCCAAAACUUCUAAUAUUCAGAUCAUUAACAUCAAGACUUUUGGUUUAUAUCAGUAACUGCAGUAUUUUUUAAGUCUUUUAUUGUUUUCACCUGAACAAUCUGUCAACUUACCAGGUGUGUUUUAAAUUUUGAAGUGUUUGUAAUUGGUAAGAACAGUUUGCUUUAAGAUAUAGCUCCAUUUUUGUAGAAGAAUUUUCGCAAACAUCGCUUGAUAUAUUGUUUUUGUGUAUAUAUUCUUUUAUUUUAAGUUUUAGAAACAGCAGUAUGAUGAUCAAGAUACUGCGGAUUCUAGAUUGUUCUAUUUUCUGAAUGAAAGAUUGCCUUGUUUGAUCUGUUCAUCUUUUAUUCAGCUAGAGAAUUCUUCUCUAUACUUUUAGUAGUUCUUGAGAAGAAUUGUGAUAAAGGUAUAUGCAGACAAGUGUGAAAAUUUUGAUACUAGUAUUUGAUUUUUAUUCAUGUUCAUGAGAUAUAAAUUGAUUAAUAUUG